AACCGCGUGAACUGUAUGUGUGUGUUGUGCGCAUGCUUUUGCCGACGAAGGAGCAGCGUUCUGUGCUCGCGUUUCCAUUGCUGAGGCAGGUUCCGUCAACGCUUUCUCGACUUGAGGAUGCCUCUCAUAUUUAAGAGCGCAGACGUGCGCAAUUUGCUCAAAAACAAGCGCAUCGUGUUGAUGGGAUGCUCAAAUGUAAGGGCCAUCUACAAAGACCUGAUUUGCAUCUACCAGAAGGACGAGUUUAUAUCGAACCAGAAGUUGAAACUGAAGAUGGAAGAAAGUUCCUUCGGAGAUGUCCUUGUCAGCCACGGAAAAAAGCACAAUGGCCGGGACUACAUGGAAGAGAGGCUUUUCACGAAGAACAAGACGUCCAUUGCCUUCUACUUCCUUACGAGGAUCUACAGUGACUAUGUCAAAUCCAUUUUGGCAGGCAUGGUCGACGACAAGGUUCCAGACAUCAUCAUCGUUGGAUCUUGCCUAUGGGACAUAACACGUUGGGGUCCGAACGGCGUAAAGGAGUACAAGGAAAACCUCAACAAGUUCUUCAGUGAACUAAGCAAGAUACUGCCAUCCACAUCACUGGUCAUGUGGCUGACGGCAGCCCCCUUGGCGCAGGAUGUCCGCGGCGGAUUCCUCAUUCCGCAGCUGGAGUUCCUGAAGUACUCCCUUAGGUUCCACGUCCUCGAGGCAAACUCCUUCUGCAGGGAGACGGCCGACAAGUAUGGCAUCGAUGUCGUUGACAUCCACUACCACCUGCGAAUGCUGCUGGAGCAUCGAGCCGAAGACGGUAUCCACUGGCUGCCGCUGGCUGUGCGUCUCUGCACCAAUCUCGUCCUCACUCACACUGCCCUGUCAUGGGGUUUCAAAGGGCCGUCUUGUGACACCUUCAUAGUGGGCAGUGAGAAGAAAAUCAUUCAGGACGAAAAGCGUGGGUCGGAAUGCACAACCGACGAGGAAAGCGCAGCCGAACAGAGUCUUCUUCCUGCUGAGCUGUCCUUCAGCACAGCCCUUGGAUGUGACGAAGAAGUCAAGCAGGAGGUCAUCAACAAUGCCACAGAGGUCCCGCCAUCGCAGCGACCAAAGGCACAAAGGGGCAAUUGGAGGGCCAGAUACUUUAAUGUGUUUCGACCCUGUCGCAGGCCACGACGAAACCACAGUUGGCGAGGCCCAUGGCUUUCUGGACAAGAGCCAUGGGGUCGCCAAGGUCAGCCUGAGCAUAGUAGUCAGAAUGACGACUUCUGCCCAAGCCGUUCAGGUCAAACGCCAGAUUUUUCGUCGCAAAGAGGUGGCCAUCGGGGGGUGUUCUUCUGAGGAUCUGGUGAUGCUUCGGAAUGUGGUGCAAUAGUCUGCCAAAGGAUGUAACUGUUUAUGUUUAUGGCUAUAAAUAAAUGACCGACAAAGCAUGG